AUGUCGGUCUCCAUCCCCCGGCAGGCGCUGCGGAGCAGCUCGGCCGUUCCGGGCCGUUCCUUCUCGUCCCGCUCCUUCACGGCCGGCCCGGCGCUGCGGAUGAGCGCGGCCCCGGCGCUCGGCCCUUACGGGGGGCUCCGCGGCGGCUCCGGGGGGCUCGGGGGACCCUCCUGGGUCCCGGCGGCGGGCGGCGGCAUCACGGCCGUCACCAUCAACCGGAGUCUCCUGGCGCCGCUGGACGUGGCCGUGGAUCCCGAGCUGCAGGAGCUGCGCCGAGAGGAGAAGGAGCAGAUCAAGACCCUCAACGAUAAAUUCGCCGCCUUCAUCGACAAGGUGCGGUUCCUGGAGCAGCAGAACAAACUCCUGGAGACCAAGUGGGGGCUCCUGCGGGCGCAGCCCCCACCCCGCAGCGCCCUGGGGGGGCUCCUUGAGGGCUACGCAGGGACACUGCGGCGGCAGCUGGAGGGACUCGGGCAGGAACGGCAGCGGCUGCGCGCAGAGCUCGGCCACGUCCGCGGGCUCGUUGAGGAGUUCAAGGCCAAGUAUGAGGAAGAGAUCAACCACCGCACAGAGAAGGAGAAUGAGUUUGUCCUGCUCAAAAAGGAUGUGGACGAAGCCUACAUGUCCAAGGUGGAGUUGGAAUCGCGCCUAGAGAGCCUCACGGAUGAGAUAAACUUCCUCCGGCAGCUCUAUGAGGAGGAGCUGCAGGAGCUGCGGGCGCAGGUGUCGGACACGGCCGUGGUGGUGUCCAUGGACAACAGCCGCCAGCUGGACAUGGCCGGCGUGCUGGCGGAGGUGCGGGCGCAGUACGAGGACAUCGCUGGCCGCAGCCGUGCUGAGGCUGAGGGCCUCUACCAGGUUAAGUAUGAAGAGCUGAAGACGGCAGCCGGGAAGCAGGGAGACGACCUGCGCCAGACCCGGAGCCAAAUCCAGGACCUGAACCGGCGAAUCCAGAGGAUCCAGGCAGAGAUUGAGGCUCUGAAAAAUCAGCGCUCUGGGCUGGAGGCGGCCGUGGCCGAGGCUGAGGAGCGUGGGGAGCUGGCGCUGAGGGAUGCCCGGGCCAAGCUGGCAGGGCUGGAGGGGGCCCUGGCCCAGGCCAAACAGGACCUGGCCCGGCAGCUCCGGGAGUACCAGGAGCUCAUGAAUGUCAAGCUGGCCCUGGACAUCGAGAUUGCGACCUACAGGAAGCUGCUGGAGGGCGAGGAGAGCAGGCUCGAGGCUGCUGUGCAGAACCUGAGCAUCCACACCAAGACUUCAGGAUACCUGGGUGGAUUCGGGGGAGGUUUUGGGGGAGGAUUUGGGGGGCCAUUUGGGGGCACCACGGUCAGCUCAGGCUACUCGGUGCCACCCCCACCCCCCGAGAGCAUGGCCCCCCUCAAAUCCCGUGCCAUCGUCAUCAAGAAGAUCGAGACCCGUGACGGGAAACUUGUGUCUGAGUCCUCCGAUGUCCUGGAAAGCUGAACCCCCUUUCCUGAGGGACCCCCAUUCCUUGGCUUGGCCAGCUGAGCUGAGUCCCCUCUUUCCUGAGCAGACCUUAAAUCCUGACCUGCUGAGCCCUCCCUGGGCCCCGCUUUCUGGGGUGUCCCGCAUGUCCACACAAACUGAACCCCCCCUUUCCCAGGGGGCUCCUCCUUGUUCCCUGCCUUCCCAGGGUGUUCCCUUAAGUCCUGACCAGGCGAACCCCCUUUCCUGAGAGGGGCUCCCCAUGUCCAGCCCAGCUGAGCCCCCCCAAUUUCCUGGGGGUCACUCUGUGUCUUGGGGGGUCCCUCAUGUCCAGCACAACUGAGCCCCCCUGGGCAUCCCCUUUUCAGGGUGUCCCCCCAUAUCCUCCCAGGUUGAACCCCCUCUUCUGAGGUGGGAGGGAUGGUCCCCUAUGCCCUGACAUUCUGAGCCCACCCCAAGUCCCCUCUUUCCUGCCUGGGGGGGGAUCUCCCCAACUCCAGGCCACCUGAGCUCCCCGAGUCCCCUUUCCUGGGAGUCCUGUCCAUGUCCUGGGGGGAUCUUUUGGGAGGGGGGUCCCCCAUGUCCUGACCUGCUGAGCCCCCCCUCCCUUGGUGGGUCCCCCCUCCAUUCUGGCCCCCUUCCCUGGCAGGCCCCAGCUCCCGACAGGACACCAGGCACCUUCUGCUGACACCCUGAGCCAGUGCCAGUGCCAGUCUCCCCUGGGGGGCUCCAACCCCCCCAUUGUCCCCUCUCGGACUGGGGGGUGGGAACUGGGGGUCUGGGCCUCCCCCGGGUGUUCUGCUUGCUGCUGGAAUAAAACCUUGAAAAUUCGG